UUGUUUCUUUGGUUCAACCUUUGCCUAUGGUUGUGUUAAUUUUCACUGGUGAAUCUCGGGUGGAUACGUGGCUGUGGGCUGAAGUAUUGUCUGCAGAUGCUUUCUUGGCAUUUGAGGCUGCUGGAUUAGAUUAUAGCAAGGCUGUUAAAGAAACCGGCUGGAAGUUCCAAGAGACAAUUCUUGAUCGUGGAGGUGGAAAAGCACCACUAGAGGUCUUUAUUGAAUUCCGAGACGAUUGGGUGACAAUAGGCUUUUCAGCUUCUACAGGAGGUGUAGCUGGACAACACACACUCAAAUCUUGGAAAUUCAAUUCAAGUUUGGAUGCUAAGGAAGCCAAUGAGAAUUCAUCAAGAAAGAUCAAAAUAGUUGUUGCUAUUGCAGUACUGGUGAUUGUUCUUCUCAUUGGAACACUUUUAGCAUAUGUGAUUAUAAGGCAAAGAAAGAAGGUAAAUAAAAGGGCAGAGGUAACAAAUUUAACAUCUAUCAAUGAUGAUUUUGAGAUAGGCACCGGACCGCGAAGGUUUUCAUACCAAGAUCUUGCCUCUGCUACUAACGAUUUCUCUCAAGAUAGGAAAUUGGGUGAAGGAGGUUUUGGUGCAGUUUAUAGAGGCUAUCUAGCCGAUGUAGACAUGUUGAUUGCUGUAAAGAAAAUUUCUAAAGGAUCAAAACAAGGAAGAAAGGAGUAUGUAACAGAGGUGAAGACCAUUAGUCAGUUAAGGCAUCGAAAUUUGGUGCAGCUUAUUGGUUGGUGUCAUGAAAGGAGCGAGUUCUUGCUUGUUUACGAGUUCAUGUCAAAUGGUAGUCUUGAUUCUCAUCUCUUCGGCAAAAAAAGUCCUUUUCCUUGGCAUAUAAGGUAUAGAAUAACACUUGGAUUGGCCUCAGCAAUUCUGUAUCUUCACGAAGAGUGGGAGCAGUGUGUGGUGCAUAGGGAUAUUAAGUCCAGUAAUGUAAUGUUGGAUUCCAGUUUUAAUGUUAAGCUUGGUGACUUUGGGUUGGCUAAGUUGAUGAACCAUGAGUUAGGUCGAAUUACAACAGGGUUGGCAGGUACUUUUGGCUACUUGGCUCCAGAAUACAUAAGUACAAGGAAGGCAAGUAAAGAGUCAGAUGUGUUUAGUUUUGGGGUGGUGAUAUUAGAGAUUGCUACUGGAAGAAAAUCUACAGAUCGAAUGGGGGAAGAGUCUGAUUUGGGAUUGGUGGAGUGGGUUUGGGAUCUUUACGGGAAAGGAAGACUUCAUUCCGGUGUUGAUGAGAGAGUGAGGAAGGAUUUUGAUGAGAAACAAGCCGAAUGUUUGAUGAUUGUUGGAAUGUGGUGCUCUCACCCUGAUAGUAGCUUAAGGCCAUCAAUUCGGCUAGCAAUUCAGGUUUUAAAGUUUGAGACAACAAUGCCAAAUCUUCCUGCAAAAAUGCCUGUACCUAUGUAUCGUGUACCUACACCAUUAGUUAACUCUAGAGAACCUUCUAUUUCUUAUUCUAGCAUAGAGGCAGGUCGUUAAGACAUGAUUUAGUUAACUUUUCAUCAAAUAAAAUAUCUGGUUAUCU